CCUGACGUGGCAGCUGCUCAAAAAUGGCAGUUUAGCAAUGCGGAAUUGGAAUGAUGAUAUUUUGAGAAAUGUUUGUGAAUCGCUUGAAAGUUUUAGGUUUAAAAUUGAAAAUAAAGAGACUGGGUAAGAUAUUUAUGUGAACGUGUGAGGAUAUGGCUGGGUGGGCAGGCUUCUCGGAUGAAGAGCUUCGGAGAUUGCAGCAGAAAGAUCAGGCUGCCCAGAACACCUCCGGUCGGGGCCGAAGACAUCCUCCAACCAACCGGAGCCGUCAGCAGCUCCAGCGAGAGAAAGCGCUGCAGCUGGCGGCUCAGCAGGAUGGCUCCGGUUCUCUGCCACUCGAACAGCAGCUUACCAGACCCAAAGUGCAAGCGCCCGUCCCGGCUGCUUCAACACCCCAGGAGAAAGCGGUCCUUCAAAGACCGAGGAGUAUGAAGAGUGAGCAGGAAGCACUGAGUGAACAGACUAUACCAACCACAGAGGCUUCUCCCCUUGCCAAGGAACUAGAGAGGCAGGAGGUGGAAUUGAGAGAGAAGUCCCGCCUAGAGCAACUUCAGCAGGAACAGCGUCUGAUGGAAGAGAAGAAUAAACGUAAAAAAGCUCUUCUAGCAAAGGCCAUCGCUGAAAAGUCCAAGCGUACCCAGGCUGAAACUGUGAAACUGAAACGAAUCCAGAAAGAGCUGCAAGCCCUGGAUGACAUGGUGUCAAAUGACAUCGGUAUUCUGCGUAGCCGCAUAGAACAGGCUAGUUGGGAUUAUUCCAUUGCUCGAAAGCGGUUUGAAAAAGCUGAGGCCGAGUACAUCGCAGCGAAGCUGGACCUGCACAAGAAGACGGACAUAAAGGAGCAGCUGACGGAGCAUUUGUACACCAUCAUCCAGCAGAACGAGCAGCGCAAGGCCGGGAAACUGGAGGAGCUGAUGAAGCAGCUGGAGCUGGAAGCGGAUGAGGAGAGGCUGGAGCUGGAGAUCGAAGUGGAGAGGAUGCUGCAGCAGCAGGAGGAUGAAGCACGGAGGGCACCAUCAGCCAAGCAGCAGGAAGAGACUGGGAGUGCCGACAGCAAAGGACAGGACCCCGCCGAUCAACAGAGUCAAAAGGACGGUCCCCCCCCUGAAUCAGGGAAAGAGAAGCUCGCUGAAGACCCUAGAUCACAGAACAUCAACUCGCAUUGUGAAGCUGUAGUCAAUGAAGUACCUAUCUCUGCGUCAUGAGGUGUCAAGCCUGAGGCUUUGCUUCAUUGUUUUAUACUUAAUUUAAAAACCAUGGUUGUCGGGGAAACAAAUUGAAACAGGCCUGCAAAAGUAUAAUUGAGUACAUAUUAUUUAAGUAAGGAGUAUGUAAGAAUGUAUCUAUGUUAUUAACUGUGAUGUAGAUGUGUUGUCAUAGGAAUCCCGUCAUGAACAAAGUAUUUCCUCUGUAAUGUGCUGUGAUAAUGGAAAGUAUAACUUUCAUUUUGGAACACGGAAUUGUAACACAUUUGUUACUAUUUAGCAAUAUACAACUCCAAACAAAUAACUUCUAGUUAUGAUGUUCAUAUUAUCACAGCUCUGAAAGGACUAGAUCGCUAGAUAAAUUCUGGUGUGUACCAUUGUAGACAAGGGCUUCAUGUGGAAUUUUGUGUAUUUAAGCAAAAGUGCAUGCAGUGGAAAAACAAAGCUCUGCUUUGAUUUAGUUUGAUUUCUUUUAAUCGCCCCUUCUUAACUGUAAUUUCUGGUGCCGUCUAUACCCAAAACAGACUCUUGUAAAGGUGCAUGUCACUUGGUAUUGCUAAAUACUUCACUACAGAGCAGUGUGUUCCCCAUGUUGAAUAUUUGAGGUUAGUUUGCAUUUCAAUUUUUAACCUCGUCUGGAACACUUAAAGUAACAGAAAAGAGUAGGUUUUUUAUAAUGUGUAGAUGGACUGGUUUCUGAUACCUGUUCAGAGAAUGUGCUUCUAUUUAAAGCCAUUAUAGUAAAUUAAUGCUUUAGUUUGGGGGGCCUAUCUUUGAGAGAUGUGGCAAAAAAUUGUGGAUUGAUGUACCAAAGUGGCCUUUGUACUUAUUCUGUAAAUGAACAUUCUCGAAUCAGUGCCCUGUAACACAAUAGUUUUCUGUGGCACAGAUGUAUACAAUGCGUCUUGGACCACCAUGUGCUACUUACUCAUUCUUUACUCUCCUUUACCCGUGGAAGUCUAACGUAAUAAAACAAUAGUAUGCACACCUUAAAUUGAUGAUGAAGCAUACCAUGUGUAUGAAAGUAUGUACAGUAUAUCAAAUUAGGUAAUGAAAUGGCUGGUACUGUUUAGUUGACUACAGGUUGGAGUGGUGGCAGUUUUAGCUGUAAAUCAUCACAUUCUUCUUUACCGCAUACCAGCAACAAGCCAAGGACCACAGUUUUGGCACCGCCGAUGUACACAACUGAAUGUUGUAUGCUGUUCUUCCAUGCAAGAGCUUGUAUAUUUAAGAGAAAAUGUGCACAAUUUUGUAGAACCUAGAAUACAUUUUUUUACAUACUGUGCAUGCUGUGGUUUCUUUUGUUGGGGCUGGAGUUAACGCAAAAAGUGAGUUUCAACAUUUGUAACUCACUGAACCUCAAAAAAGCAUAAUACUUUCUAGUAUGGGUCAUGUGCAACUGAUAAUUGUGCUUGUGACAAAGGUGUUUUUUCCUCAUGUUUCUAGACAUUCAUGUAAAGGAAUAUUGUCCAGUUGUAUAUUCUUUUUUGUGUUGCAUACAGAUGUCUAGGUCUACUGUAAUGUGUGAAUGUACAAUUACAUUUGUUUACAUCAAUGUGCAACAAUAACUAUGCAUAUUAUUGCAAUUGUUUUAAAUAUUGCUUUUAACACUAAAUUGUAAAAUGUAUGUAUUCCUGCCAAAUUAUGGCUCUCACACCAGCAUUUCUUGAAGAGUUUUGCAAAUCCAAAGUCAUUGUAUUUAGUAAGUUCACUGUUUCUUUCAGGACUUCAUUGUGUGAAGAUAUUUCUUGGCUUUUGUAGUUACUGGUAAUUCCUUGUUUGAGCAGGGUAAGUGUAUAAAUCUGUCUCAAUUCAUAAUGACAUGUAAUGAAAGGAUAUAAACCAGGUCCUGACAGGCCAACCUGAUGUUUUCCAUUCAUACAAUUCCAUUUAUUUUUUCUGUUUUCUUUAAUUGCUUUUUAAUAGAAGUAUAACCAGAGUAUGGAUAAACCAUGUAAAGGUGACUUAUUUUCACAGCUUUAACAAGAGAUGUGUGCAUCUACAUAUGAAAAUUGUAAAUACUGAAAAGUACUUGAUGAAUGGAUUUAUUCAUAGAAUGGUUAAACCAAGUAUUAGUAUGAUAACUCUGCUUGUCCAUUUUAAGAAUGCAUACCCUUACUCGUAUGCAUACUACCUGUAGAUGGCUUCUUUAUAGAACACCAUACAGUUCUAGGGCAUUAUAUGGUAUUGUGCAUAGAAUGAGAUAGAUUUCUAAAGACACUAUUAUUUAAAAUGACCCUUCCAGGAGGUUGACUGUUGUAUAGUAAUAGUUAAUGUACUGUAUACAGAAAUAAAAUCUUCUGUUUUGUCCAAGU